AAACCAUUUUUUAAUGACUUUCUCGGAACACAUUUUUAACAAAGACCGCGUAAAUAAACAGCUGUUUCUGCCCAACCAAGUCUGGCAAUACUGAUAUAAAAACAUAUGACAUAUAUAACAACUUCAAGUCCAAAUAGACGGUUCACAUAAAAAUUUAGAGUGCAUUGAGAACUAAAUUAAAAUGGACGCAUCGGAAGAAAAAUCUCCAGAAGCAAUUGCCGCAGAGCUAAGGCGUGAAAAUCGACGAAAAAAAAUAUUACAAACUGCUAAAUCCCGAUUAGAAAAAUUGAACGGCAGCGUUAAAACCUUCGACGAAAAUCAUAUUGAUUCUGGCACGAAGGAAGAUAUGACCUACUCCGAUCCAGAAGUGGAGCCAAACAUUCCUGCCGGCCUAUUCCCUCAAGACGAUGGCUUUAAUCGUACUUUCUUUGCAGCAGCGAAUUUGAGUACCCCCACUAUCGCCGAUAACCAAAAUAUAUUUGUAAAGAGCCGAGUUCACAUUUUCAUAGCAUCAGUUGUGGGAUAUAUUUUAUCGCAUUUUGUCACCAAUUCUCUCUUUGUCCCAGUCGGCUUGUGCAUGAUGUACGAACUAUUUUCGUUGAGGGGCCAGCCAUACCCAACUAAUUCAAUUCUUUCACUAAUAUUGCCAAUUGCCCUUCUCUUCACAGGCACUUUUUUGGGGAGUAAAGUGAAACAGAUAAACUGUCUUCUUUAUAUUUCGCAAUCUCUCAUCGUUAAUCUGGCAAUUAAUAUUUUCUGCAUAUGCUUGAGCAGUCUUUUAUUUGAGUAUAUAAGUGUGAAUCAUUUUGUUAAUAUAAAAUAAUACAAAAUUAAAUUUGUUAAUAAGAACGGUGAAUAAAACUGACCCUACUUAAAUUAAAUAAACAAUUUAAAAAU